GGCUAAAACAUCUACUGCUUAAAUUUGUGGAGCACUUACACCUGAGGCGAACCGGAGGCAAUGGACAAAGUAGACGACCUGUGCCUGUCGAGGAUAUUAGGACUUCUGGAACUGCCCGAUCAGAUUUCUAUGAUGCAGAGCUACGAGCGCUGUCGUUCCCUGCUGGGAAGUAUAUGGCGUCACAGGUUGACCAGGAUCUCGUUAAACCUGCUCGAGACACCCCUUUUAGGAGAUGACUUCAGGUUUAUUUUGGCAAGUGCCUGCCAGAAGCUGCUUGAGCUGAGGAUCAGCUACCUAAGUAGGGAGCAUUUCCAGACGCUCAUCUUGCACUGUUUUCCCAAUUUGUGGCUCCUGCGAGUGGAUGUUCUACCCCCGUUUUUCUUGUGCCCACGGCAAAGACUUCAGUUGAUCCAGAUUAUUCCGAAAUUCCUUCCCGAGGAUCUCACGGUCACAAAGGGGCACAUGCUGUGCGUAGACUGCCAGAGCCAAAUGCCGAUUAAUUUUGACCAUUUCCAAAUACUUCGCGCCAUAGGGAAGGGCAGUUUUGGAAAGGUGUGCAUUGUCCAAAAACGGGAUAGCGGCAUCCUGUACGCGAUGAAAUACGUUAGUCGCUCUGCCUGCGAAAUGCGCGGAGCUCUCGGCGGCGUCAUCAAAGAGGUGGAAUUGCUAUCGUCAUUGGAGCACCCGUUUCUCGUCAAUUUAUGGUUCUCGUUUCAGGAUGAGGAGGACUUGUUUAUGGUCUGCGACCUGUUGACUGGCGGGGACUUAAGAUAUCAUUUACAGAACCGAGUGGAAUUCUCCGAGCAGAGUGUGGCCUUAUUAGUGUGCGAGCUCGGCAGUGCAUUGGAGUACUUGCAGGCGCACCGAGUAGUUCACAGGGACAUCAAGCCCGACAAUAUUUUAUUGGACGAUGCUGGACAUGCUCAUUUGACUGAUUUUAAUAUUGCAACGAGGUUGCAAAAAAAUGCCUUGGCCUGCAGUAUGUCGGGGACCAAGCCCUACAUGGCGCCGGAGGUUUUCUUGUGUGCCCUGGACGAAGUGGCUGGCUAUAGCUAUCCCGUAGACUGGUGGUCACUUGGCGUCGUUGCUUAUGAAAUGCGGGGAAACAUUCGACCCUUUGUGGUUCACUCGAACACCGCUCUGGCAGAGAUUAAGAAUAUAUUGAACACCCCAGUGCACUAUCCCCGCUACUGGAGCAGCAACUUUGUCGAUCUGCUGCAGAAGUUACUGUGCACUUAUCCGGGUGCCAGGAUCAGCACAAGGCAGGAGCUGCAUCAAACGCCGUUGCUGCGCAACAUUGACUUCCAGAUGGUGCUCGAGAAGAAGAUCAAACCCAUCUAUAAGCCUCCUGAAGACCACCUCAACUGUGAUCCCUGCCUAGAACUGGAGGAAAUGAUUGUGGAAUCACGGCCCUUGCAUAAAAAGAAAAAGCGCCUGGCCAAGCAGAGGUCAGCACAACGCGACAGCGAUCCAGAGACUGCGCUGGUCAAAGAGUUCAUCGUUUACAACCGCUACAAGGAGCUGAAGCGCAAGGCCAUGGAACAAAAGGAAAACGACUGGCAGCGUGAACUGGAACUGGCCAUGGCCAACUCUAUCGUGAACAGCCUGGCGCCCAUCCAAGAGAAGCCCGUCGCUCCCUUGGUGCACGACGGCGACUAUGCGACCGCCUCAUCCGCAGCCGUCCAGUUAAAGGGGGACAGCAUUGAGUUCAUUGAUCGCACUCCUUCACCGCAGAUUAAAGAAUCGGCUGGCAGCACGCUUAUAAAGCCGACGAAACCGUUUCAAAAAUAAAACAAGACACGGUUCAUAAGCAACAGGUUUCAAAGUGCACAAAUAACCAGACUCACUUGCGCAACGAUGACUUGUCAGCCAUCCAUAGAGACCAGAAUAUAUUUUUUGAACUCCUCGGAAUUUCAUUUUUUGUAUAUGUGCAUAUUAUAACAGAACUGCGACAUUUUAUAUCUUUUAGGGUAUAUCUUUUAAAUAAAAUAGCUCUAAGAUUCUUUGUACAUAUUGUAAAAUGUAAUUCCAAAAACAUAAUAAUUCCCGUUCAUGAUUAUUUUUACGAUUUUUUUUUAAUUUUUAUUUCAAGUUAUAUUUCAUUCAUGUUUCACAUUUUUUUUGUAAUGCCUUUUGUGUAUAAAAAAAGUAAAUAAUUAUGUUCUGCAUUGUAUAAUUGUUGCUUUCACACAUUUGUUGUUCUUUUGUUAAAAAUAUUAU